AUGCUGGGCAUGGACCAGGGGACCAGUGGCAUGGCAAUUGCCUCUUUCAUGAGUGGCACCAACACCGAGUCCUGCCAUACUGUUUCCUUCACCUGGGACCCUUUCCACCGGUGUGCACGUGAUAUGAAGCUGUCAAUGAACAUGAAAGCUCUGUGCCACAUUGACCAGAGAAGCCGUGUCAAAACCAACUUGCAGCGUGCUCAGUUGGCAUCCUCAUUUUUGUGGUCCAUAAACUAUAAGCCUUAUGGAAGUGCUGGGUUUUCUCAGAAUAAGCUCGAACUGCUUGAAGGGUUCCUGUCCCUGGAAGAUGAGGAGACAACAAUCUUCCAGGCGUAUUCGGAGCUGAUUGGCCUGGACAUGGGCAUCACCAUUCGCUCUCAUGAUGACUUGGCUCAUGUCUUUCAGAGCUUGGUGGAUCGGCUGAAGUCAACUCACAACAAGUUGGGCUUGGCACGAACAAUAUCACUGGCCCAGGGCUGGCUUGGUGACAAACAGUUCAAAGAUUUGAUUCUCGUCUUGUCGACGACCAAUUUUUCAAAGAUUGGUUCCUAUCUGGAGAUGUCACUUCAACACGUGGAGCAGGAUUCAACUUGCAACAUGGACUCCUUUGUUGAGGAGCUAUUCUUCUACGUUUUGAGUCUUCUUGACAAAAGGGCCAGCAGUUUGAGCAAAAUGAACUUGCCACCAGACGUCUAUUCUGGCUUGCUUUCAGACAAUGAAGAUGUUGCCCAGCCGUCACUGGAUCUCUUGCUUUCUGAUUGGAAAAGUCUGGUCAUUAUCGAGCAAACCCAAUGUAACCAGACACUGGCUGGUGACCUGAGAGUGUCAGUUCCUCCAGUGAUGCGCUUGGUUUUUCAACUGAGUGAACGAGGCGAUCAUGUCAGGGCCAAAAAGCUCCUCAGAUCGCUUGUCCAUGUGCUUCCGGACACCAAACUGAUUGAGGAUAUCCAUGGGCGGGUUAGAAAUGACGCCCGGAUGAACAUCAACAAAAAACAAAGCAACUUCCAGAUCCAACAAGUGAUCAAUGGCAGUGCUGCACUGGAGUCUCGGGGUGUAAACCAUCCUGCUGCCCUUAGCAAGGAUGUGUUCAGACGCCAGUGGAAAAGGACAAAUGGCAAAGGCAAGGCGAAAGCUUGCUUCAUCCCGAGAUCCUCCAAGCUCCCGAAGGUCUACAGCCAGCUGCUUGGUUCGAAGAGGUGGGGCACAGUCAGCGAGGAGUCCCUCCACAGGUCUGCUGCUGCUUGGCAGCUGGUGCGGCACUUUGCCAAAAACCAGUUGGGGAGGAGACAGAUCAAACUCUCUGAUGCUCGGCUAUCUUUGGUCUUGCGACCUGGAAUGGUUUUCCGCCCGCGUCUGAACCUCACUGCUGGUGGCGAAGGUGACGGCAAUCACUCAAUCUUGCUUUGUGUUGCAAACUUGGAUUGGGCAGUUCUGGCUUGGCCGUUGGUUGCUCGUCAUGAUGGAAAAUUGCAGCUUGAUGUCAACGGACAGCUGGAGUGGCAUUUUGUGUUCCGAUUGGAUCAGUGGGAAGCUGGUGUUGCCGAGCCACUACUUGAUUCGGAGCAAAUUGUCAUAAAAGAGACUGACUUUCAACCUGUGGCAAUGUGCUGUCUUGGCUGCUACUCGUCAGACCUUGUCUUCCGUGAGCUGGUGACGCUGGCUACAUUCUUUGAAAUCAAGAAACCAACGUCAAUGUCAAGAAACGACCUGCUCCGUACAAUUGCACUUAGUGCAUCUGAUGGCCAUGCAGACUUUGCUGAGUCAGUGGUUGCCAACGAAAAAAAGAGGCAGAAGCGAAAGCAAGACAUUGAGGAGCAGGGCGCGCAAGAUGAGGAGUUUGCUGAAAUUUUGCUUGAAAACAUGGACAAGGAGGAUGCCGUAGAAUUCCAGAAGGACAUGAAGAUCGGCAACAUGAACAAGAUGGCUCGCAAAAAGAAAUGGCAGCAAAUGAGGCAAGAUGGCAUCGACGCAAUUCAGAAGAAAAAAAAGGCGAAAAAGCUCAGAGCAGAGACCAAGUUCAACAGAGGAAGAGGUAGAGGCAGAAAAGGCAAAGGGAAAGGCAAAGGUGGCAGAGGCCAUGGAAAGGGCCGAGGGAAAGCCAAACAGAAAGGCGAAGUCAUUGAUGAAGAACCACCAUCAGUUCGAAGGAGGUUGAGUUUUUCCACUGUGGAUGCAGAGCAGGAGCAGCACACUGUAGAAGUCCCAGUCGUUGACCCAGUGGAACUUGAUACCUCCACAGCUGCAGACAACAUGGAAAAUCUAUUUGGUGACACAGGAGAGGCGACAGAGCGCCCAGAUUCUGUGGGACCGACAGUGGCGGCAGGAGAUGAUGACAACGCUCCUCCCGCUGCUGAGAUGGAACCACCGGGGUCUUCAUGCGGCGGUGCCGCUUCCAGCACUGAGAUGGAGACCCAUUUUCAAGUCCCUGGUGAUGUUUCAGACUCUGUCAUCGAAUCCUUGAAGUCGGAUGUUGAAUCGUUGCCGCCCAAGAAGAGCUACGGCAAGAAGCAGAAAGCUGAGGCUAAAGCUGAGCCUGAAAAGGAAGGAAAAAAAAGUCCAAAAAAAAGAAGGACAAAACGUUUAAGAAGAAAAAGAAAAAACACUCAAGUGAGUGAAUGA